AUGGUGGUGGUGGAACCACCUGGAGGAGGAGGCGGAUAUGGUGGAGGAGGUGCUCCUGGAUACGGUGGAGGUGGUCCCGGCUACGGUGGCGGUGGACCUACGACUGUCAUUAUUGAUCGUGGAGGAAGCGCAGGUGGAUACAGAGGUGGGGGCGGAUACGGAGGUGGUGGCAGUGGUAUCGGUGCAGGAAUCGCAGGAGGUGCCCUCGGUUUCGGCAGCGGUAUGCUGUUGGGAUCGCUGAUGAGCUAUGGCAUGGGCUCAAUGUGGGGUGGUCACUCGAUGAUGAUGCCAAGCUAUGGAGGUGGUCUCGGAAUGGGUGGUGGAUAUUACUCGGAUAAUGACACUAACAUUACGAACAACUACUACAACUAUCCAGACCCAAGUGCGUCAGGAGGAGCAGCCGUCGACGCUGGUCAAUCGCAUCCCGCCGUAGAAGAUGUCACUAAUAAUCAGGAUGACGCGUUUGGCGCAGACAAUCAACCUCAAGACGACGUCGUAGAUGAUAAUGACACCAAUCAGGAUGGCGUGGUCGACAAUGACUAUCCGGCCCAUGACGACGCCGUAGAGGAUGCUGGUGUGGACCAGGAUGACGUGGCCGACAAUGAUUAUCCGGCUGAUGAUGGCGUCGUAGAGGAGGCCGACCCUGAUCAGAACGACACGAACCAGGACUACACCAAUGCUGAUGACUAUGGCUACGGUGGUGACACAGGAAACGACGCCUAUGACUAUGGAGGAGAUGACUACGGGUGGUGGCGAUUUCGGUGGUGA